UUGAAAUGUUUUUGAAACUCUAAAUUUUAUAUUUUAACAAAACAAUGACAAUUUUCUUCCUUAAACUUACACUGCCUUUGAUUUCUAUGUCUACAACUAUUAUUUCGUUUUUACAAAUAUUAAGCAAAAUAACUGUAUUUUCAUAUUCACACACUUAUUGCAACCAUUUCUAUGCUUAAAUGUUUUGUUAUUGUUUGCUUUAUAUCCAUAUUCUUUUUAGCCAUUUAUUUAUUCUUUUCAUACAAAAUAUGUCAAGCUAAAUUUGGUCGCUAUUUGAUAAAAAAAUUUGCAUAAAAUAUGCCGCGCUUCUGUAAAUUUAAAUUGCCGCACAAAACAUCAACAUCAAUUGGACAGCAGAACGCAAAAAAAAUAAACACUAUAAACGUUGCAAUUGUAACGCCACCAACCCCACUCAAAUUUAAUUAAAGCUACCCACCCAAACGGUGUGAAGAAACGCCUAGAAAACGCUCAACUCAACGGCGACGUAGACCGACAAUUUUUGCAAAUUUAAACAAAUUUUACUCAAUGGCAAAUUUGCCAAUUUCGCCAACUGCGACGCGCGCGGCAACAGCGACUGCGCAGUCGACCGCGCUGCUGCUGCGCUCUCCAUUUGGCAUGGCAGCACGAAUUUGAGCCAACGUCAGCUGCUUCGACUGCGCUCGGUCGUUGCGCUGCGAUGCGAUCGUCUGCCUGGCACCGACGUGCACAUACACACACAUUCGUGUUUCUGCGUGUAUGUUUAUGUGCUAUGUUGCUGGUGUGCUUGUUUGCUUCACUUCUUGCUGUCGCUUGGCUGAUCGCGAGCCGGUCGUCUUGGCUGUGCCGCAUUGCCGUUGUUGGCCCGGCUUCGGCGUUGCUCUACGCUAGCCCCAUAACGAGUAUGUGUGUGCACCAAUUGUUGGUGGUGUUGGUGGUGGUGGCUCGUUUGCUUGGUUUGUAUUUUCUCGGCCGCAACGUCAACUCCAAAUUCAGUGCAAUUUUGUACGCUUUGACGAUCAGUCGGUUAAGUCGGGAAAAUAGCGAACUAAAUUACUAAGCAAAAUAGAAUUUGCUUUUCAGUUAUCAAAGUGAACGGGUAAACGAAACGUGCCAGCAAUUGUGCCAAAAUCAACAACGCUUCUAACGUAGUGGCGCAAGCGGAGCAGGAAAGAAAUUUCGGGCGCUUUUUGCUAAAAUUUUUCUACGUAACUUACAGUUUUCCUUUAUAAUUCGCAUCAAUACGAAGUGUUAUAAAAUAAUUCAACGUAGUGCUAUUGACAUGGAACAAUGUUCUUAAUACUGUUAACCUGACGCAAGCCAAUAACUGCACUGUUCGGGAGUGUCAGUUGCAGUCGUAAAAGCAUUUUGAAAUAAGAUUCUUAUUUGGUGCGCUCUAUUUAACGGUUUAGUCGUGUUCGUUGACGGAAGCGAAAAUUGUGCAAACGAAAAUCUAAUACUCGAUCGAAUAGUGUGUUUAUUCGACAGUUUAAAAUUAACUAAAUUUUUUAUUUAAGAAGUAAUAGAAAGUUUAAAGCGAUUUUUGAAAGGAAUUAGCGACCGAAACUAUGAAGAUGCGGUGUGCCUGUAUAUAUUGGGUAGAUAAAAUGUUAAAUAAAUCCUUCUAUCAUUUGGGCGUUUUAAUUGCGAAACAUCCUGGCUAUUUUAUCAUAAUACCAGUGCUGUUGACCAUGCUCUGCAUGACUGGCUACCAACAGCUAAAAUAUCAAAUCGAUCCCGAAUAUUUAUUUUCCCCUAUCAAUGGAGAGGGUAAGGCUGAACGCGCUGUUGUCGAAAACUAUUUCAAAGUCAAUUACACGCAUAGAUUUAAUGUGGGACGCAUAACUAGACCGGGUCGUUUCGGACGUGUCAUUGUUAUACCUAAAGAUGGCAAUGACAAUAUGUUGCGCCGUGAGACUUUCCAAGAAUUACGACAUUUGGACGAUCUCAUACAGAAUGCAACAGUCGAAUAUGAAGGUGAAAUAUUCACGUACAAGGAUGCAUGUGCACGCUGGGAGAAUGAAUGCUUUCAGAAUGAUAUAUUGAAUUUAGAUUUCAUAAUGGACGAAAUUGAGUCUGGCGAACUGAAUCUCACUUUUCCAAUUAUGUUUAAUCCGGUCACGUGGGAUGCGCACGCGUUUCCCGUCUUCUUUGGCGGCACAAAAUUGACGGAGGAUAAUAUAAUAAUUAGCGUGCCGGCGAUACAGUUAGUUUAUUUUGUGACUGCGGACACUAAACGGCAAGACGCAAAAGGUGCCGAAUGGGAAGAGACUUUUCUGAAAGUUGUGGGAAAAGCUGAAAACUCAGGUCUCUUCAAACACAUAUCAGUCUCAUACUUCGCCUCGCGCACUUUGGAUCAUGAGUUGGAGAAGAAUACGCGUACCGUAGUGCCAUAUUUUAGCUCUACAUUUGCGUUAAUGGCGCUUUUUAGCGUCAUCACGUGCAUGAUGGGCGACGCCGUACGUUCCAAACCAUGGCUUGGUUUGAUGGGCAACAUAUCGGCUAUCAUGGCCACUUGCGCGGCCUUCGGUCUGGCCAUGUACUGUGGCAUUGAAUUUAUCGGUAUUAAUUUGGCAGCGCCCUUCUUAAUGAUAGGCAUCGGCAUUGACGACACAUUCGUGAUGUUGGCCGGCUGGCGACGCACACCCGCCAAAAUGCCCGUAGCCGAACGCAUGGGCCACAUGAUGUCCGAAGCCGCCGUCUCCAUAACAAUUACAUCGCUCACCGAUCUGUUCUCAUUUUGGAUUGGCAUCAUUAGUCCGUUCCGUUCGGUGCAGAUUUUCUGCACCUAUUCGGUAUUUGCUGUUGUCUUCACUUUCGUUUGGCACAUCACUUUCUUCGCCGCCUGCAUGGCAAUAUCGGGCUACAGGGAACGACACAACUUGCACGCGAUCUUCGGCUGUAAAGUGCAGGCAAUGUCCGUGGCCAUAAAAGAAAAACGCAACUUCUUGUACAAAGCCAUCAUGGCCGGCGGCAUCAAUCGCGACGAUCCCGACAAUCCCACCGACAACAAAGAUCACAUGUUUAUGGCAUUCUUCAAAGAUCAUCUGGCCGCUGUGAUUAACAACAAAUGGUGCAAAAUGCUAAUCAUACUGAUAUUUGCAACCUAUUUAGCGGGCGCUUGUUAUGGACUCACACAGAUUAAAGAGGGCUUGGAGCGUCGUAAGCUAUCAAAGGCUGAUUCCUACUCUGUGGAGUUUUUCGAUCGUGAGGAUGAGUAUUAUCGCGAGUUUCCAUAUCGCAUGCAGGUGAUCAUCACUGGCGAUCUGAACUAUUCCGAUCCCAUUGUGCAAGAUCAAAUCGAGGAGCUGACACGCACACUUGAGAAUACAUCGUAUGUCACCUCAUCACUAUAUACCGAAUCGUGGAUACGUUCGUUCCGUUCGUUUGUCGAUCGCAACAAUGACUAUCUCAAUUUGACCAUCGAUGACGAGCAAUCGUUUAUUGACGCUGUCAAGGAGCAUUGGCUAUUCCCCGGCAAUCCAUUUUCACUCGAUGUCAAAUUCAAUGAAGAUGAGACACGCAUUAUCGCUUCACGUUUCCUUAUACAAGCCGUGAAUAUCACCGAUACGAAUCACGAGAAGGAAAUGGUACGUGAUUUGCGCAAGAUUUGUAAAGAUUCGCCGCUGAACGCCUCAAUAUUCCAUCCGUACUUCGUGUUCUUCGAUCAAUUUGAGCUUGUGCGUCCAACUUCAAUACAAUCAAUGAUCGUUGGUGCGCUCAUUAUGAUGAUCAUUUCUUUCAUCUUUAUACCGAACAUACUGUGCUCGCUGUGGGUGGCCUUUUCGAUCAUUUCGAUUGAGUUGGGCGUUGCUGGCUAUAUGGCUUUGUGGGAUGUGAAUCUCGAUUCGAUUUCUAUGAUCAAUCUAAUUAUGUGCAUUGGCUUCUCGGUGGACUUUACCGCACACAUUUGCUACACUUACAUGUCGUCGAAGAAGCGCAGUCCAAAGGCGCGCGUACGCGAAGCACUACACUCACUCGGCUUGCCAAUCGUGCAAGGUUCAACCUCGACAAUACUUGGCAUUAUAGCGCUAUUGCUGGCACAGAGCUACAUCUUCCUAGUUUUCUUCAAAAUGGUAUUCCUUGUGAUUUUCUUCGGUGCAAUGCAUGGACUCUUCCUGUUACCCGUGCUAUUAUCAUUAUUCGGACCCGGCUCUUGGCAGACUUGGUCUGGCACAGAUAUGGGUGACGAUAAUGAUGAAAUUACCGACGUAGAAAGUCCCAUGAAGCUAUCUAGUAUGGACAAAUUGAACUCAUACUACUUGCAACAGCAUACACCUUUAGGCCUACCCAUGCCUUACAGCACCGGCAAAGGUUUUCUGGGUGCGCCCUACAAAGCUUACGGCGACGAAAAAGAUUUGGGUAUCGGCACAUCUGGCGAAGACUCCUCCGAAUCCAGCUCCAGCCGUUCACAACGCCGUCAAGCACUCGAAGACGAACACACACGCCGUCGCUAUGAAGAGGGUUGGCGUCGUUCAUCCUACCACAAUCUGUACACCAACUCGCAAUCACAAUUCCAGCCCAGCGCCGACCUCUACGGCCAACAAGUAACCGCACAAGAGUGGCGUGCGCGUCUCGAAGACGAGCAAGAACAACGCAAACGUAGCGUCAUCGGUUUGCGCGCCUACGACAACUUCGCGGCCGACUUUAUGCACAUGCAACGGCGUCACCCCACACACGGUGAAGAUGUGAUCGACACACCAGCCACGCGCAUAGACGCCGCACAGUAUACGCCCACAUCAUCGCUAGACGAACGUUCGCGACGCAAGUACCGACCCGCCAUAAGUGCCGCGACGCCAGCCACAAAUGCGCCACAGAGCGCCGGUAGCGGCGAUGACAGUAGCUAUCAUCAGCGUAUGAGCGCGCCAACAGCCACAACGACUCCAGCCGUGAAACGUUACCAUCGUCGACGCUCGUCGGAGGAUUCAACACGUCAUUAUCAACGUUGGCCACCAUCCAAUAUUGAAGAGCGUUACGCACGUCGUUAUGGCAACAAUAAUGCACGCGAUGAUAGCGCGGCUUAUGCGCCCGCGCAUGCCAACUCUUCCUCAUCAGCCGCCGCCAAUGCUUACCGCCCACACCCGCCAAUGCGCUCCUCAUCGCAUCACAAUUUGUACUAUCCCAACAACGUGCAGCAUCCACCAACAUACCAAUAUGGCGGCGCUUACUACAAAUGAUCGCUACGAUAACGAGUGAAAGAGAAGAAAAGAGAGAGAGCAAGCGCGCUUGUGUGCACGUAAAAGAGAGCGCAUAAGAGUAGCGCUUGCGUAAACGCAAUAAAUGUAGCGAGGACACAAACCUCUUUUGCACUUUAUUGAACUAUGCACCAUGCCAGUAACGAACUGGACAUUUAUUGUAUGGAAAAAGCUCAUUGUGGUUUUUUAUAAAACUAGUGUUGUGUUGGUUUAGUUU